AGCUUUUCUUGCAGUUGUUCUGGCAUGUGCUUUAUGACACAGCUACAGGCACAGCUGAGGACAUGCACUGGCAGUGACACUGAAUAGGUGACUCUGCUUUGCCCUUGACCCAGGGCAGCAAAGAGAGGCCCUCACUUCCCUCAAGAGAAUGAGUGGAGUUUCUUGCUACUUCCUUCCUUCUCCUACCCAGAAUCUUCCUAUAUGUCUCUCUGUAAAAGUCAGGAAAGCUCCCAUCAUUUUCUACCACUAACAAUGUUAUGAAUAUAUUUAAAAAAUAGUAAGUGCAAUGUUGAAUCAGUUUUGCCACCAGAAGUGAUUCAGGAAGGUCACAGUUACAAAGCUGAUGAGGAUCACAUUAAUGGAAAACAUUACUUUAUUUAUAAUCAUUUGAGUGCUUUGGUGUUGUCAUUUAAUUAUACUGAAUUAACCUUUGUAAUGAGAAGACUGACAUCUUACUUAAACUUCAGACAUGUUUUAUUUUGUUCUCUGGUUUUCUUGGUGCAGGUAUGAAAUGGCUUAUCUAGAUUUUAAAUGAUUUGAUGUUUACAACUGUUCAGAGUAUACAUGUAAGCACAGAAUAUUUUAUUAAAUGUGGAGAUCCAGGUAAAUAUCAGAGGAUAAAAUAGAUUCCAUUUCUAAGGAUUUUGAUAACACAUCUGAAUUAUAAUCACCUACCCAAGUCUAUUUUCAAGGAAAAAGGUACAGUGGUAGUGUUGUUUCAAAACCCUAAAGAUACAGCUGUUUCAUUUUUCCAUUUCCAUAACAAUGGAAUGCAAAAUGUCCCCAGUUACAGCUCCAGGGAUGAGUUCUCCUUGGGAUUCAUGAUAGAUCUGUUCAGCUGGGAAUCCUGUUUUGAUCCUGCAGUCACCUGGAACAAGCACAUUGAAGAUAAGAAUACUAUGGUCAGAAUAUAUGAAGACCUGAAAGGGAACCUGACUGGCAGUGUAAAGCAGAUAGCUGCAUUGUUUGGCUUCUCACCAACAGCUGAGCAGAUCCAGACCAUUGCUGGAAGGCAAACUUUCCAACCAGUGAGUGUUAAAGCUCAGGAGACUCAUGGUGCUGUUGGCUUGAGUCUUUUCCAUAAAGGUGGUUUUGGACACUGGAAAAAUGUUUUUGCUGCAGCUCAGAACCAGAAAUUGGCUGCCAAAUUCACAGCGAGCUUAGUAGUAGCUAAGCUGGGAGUGAAGUUUAAAUAUGAUGUGUAUUGCAAGGCCUGA